AUUAGAAAACAAAACAUCGCUACUUAAAACUUGCCGGUCUAAAACUCCAAACUCCGACGAACGGAGUGGAAAGAAAAAGAGAUCCAAAAGCCGACGCGACGAUGACUAUACAAAGCUUCCUCAAAACCCUAAAGACAACUAAACGAACAUACCCAUCUUCAAUCUACAAUCUCCUCAUCUCUUCUUCCUCCACUACCCAAAUCCACGACUCACCGGAAAACCCAAUCUCCGAUCUCAGCCUCCCCACUCUUCGCCGUAUCUUAUCCGACCCAGAUAUCAAAUCCCGUAAAUGCGUCUCCUUUUUCCAGUUCAUCCUCGAAAACCCAUCUCUUUUCUCCUUCCAACCUGAUCUCAGAACACACUUGUCUCUGUCUCUCCGUGUCCUGUCGGAGAGGAAGUUCUCCGUCGCGCGGGAACUGUUGAAUCCCGACAUUCUCAGGUACCCUUUUCACGUCAUCGCCUCUAGCGUCUUCGAUGAGUGUGGAUUCGAGACGAAAGUCGUCGCGAGGCUAUUUAAUUCGAUGAUCAUGGUGUAUUCAGACAGUGGGAGAUACGAUGAAGUUGUCGAGGUUUUCGAGUGUAUGAAGAACAAUGAGGUUAAAAUUGAUGAAAAGACUUUGACUUUGCAUUUGAUGAACCUCAGGAGAAGUGGUGAGGUUGAGUUAGCUUACGACUUCUUUCGUCUAAUGGUUGCUGCUUCGGAGUUAGGUGUUGUGUCUGUGUACUCUUUAACGGUUGUUGUCUCUGCGUUGUGUUGCCACGGAGAGAUCAAGAGAGCAAGAGAGUUGGUGGAGGAGGUUGAAAUUAUUAAGCCUAAUAUCGUUACGUUUAGGGCUAUGAUUGAUUGUUGUGUCAAGAGAUGGAAGUUUGAAGAGUUGGAUUUGGUUCUUGAGUUGAUGGAGAAGGAAAGGGUGAGUCUUGAUCUUGAUGCUUACAAGAUUUUGAUUGAGGGUUUCGCUAGUUAUGGUAAGGUUGAAGAUGCUGAGAGGUUAGUUUUGAGGAUGCAUGAUGAGAAGCUUAAGGUGGAGACUUAUCUGUAUAAUUUGAUUAUUAAUGGGUAUUCUCGGUUGGGAUUAGUGGAGAAAGCGUUUGAGAUACAGAGUGGAAUGAGUUCUCGAGGUGUAGUUUCGAAUAAGGAUACGUAUUGGGGGUUGAUGAAUGGCCUGUGCAAAGCAGGGAAAGUGUGUGAAGCGAUGAGAUUGUUGAGUGAGUUGAGAGUGAAUGGGUUUGAGAUGGAUGAAGCAAUGUAUACGACGUUGAUUGACGGGUGUUACGGAGCAGGAAUGAUGGAUAACGCUUUGGAAGUGGUGGCUGAGAUGGUUAGGGAAGGAUUUAUUCCUGAUGGCACAUUAUUUGAAAAGUUAGCUGACGCAUUGUUUGAAGUAAACCGGGAAGAGGCAGCGAUGAUGACUACAUUCGUUGUUAAGAGCGGCAUCAAACCAAAUUCUUGUUCCAAUGUGGUGAAGGGAGAGGAAGACUUAUCUGCUGUCCUGGCUCCUUAA